UGAGCGAUCAUAUCAUGUUAUUUAUUUAUUUGAAUUUAUUUUUUAUCUGCCUUUGCACGUUUCAACCUUGCCUCUUCGUAAUGCAAACUCGAAACUUGAAAGCUGCGAUGUAUAAUGACAUUCGGCUGACAGCUAUCAAAGUAGGUCGACAUGAUGAGCAAUAACCAUGGCAGACACACUCAGUACCGUGUCCAUCACCCCGAACCUACAUGAUGAUACCUCUUCCACUUCUGUGAAUUCGGUCCCAUCUCCCCAAGUGAAGCCUAAGCCUCGUUCUACUGUCCCAAAAGGACCCCCACUUCAUCAGAUUUAUGCGCUCCCUGCGCCUAUCCGUACUUUUCCGUUGCCAACCUUCUAUCCAAGUAAUCCGCUGUCUCUUUUCCACGUGGUAUAUGCGUGGGUGAGCCAACUUGUGUCCCCACCACCAACUGAGCCUGCUAUAAUUCAUCAAGGCGUCUGGUCCGCAGAGACUCGAUCAGUCCAUAUCAAGGACCCCAAGUCGAUACGAGCAUUGUGGGAACAGGGGUUCUUCGGUAAAGGCAAUUAUAGUAGGAGCGAGCCGAAUUGGCUUAAGCGAGAACAGGCUCGGAGAGGUGAACAUGAUGGCCGUGUUGCUGAAGCCGUAACCGCUCAGAGGCGAGAAGAGCGCAAGUUGAUGAAGUGGGAUCGUGCUAGGAAAGAGCAAGAAGCAAUCGAACGGACCAGACAGCUGGAAGCAUGGGUAGCUCCAGUUGGACCCGCCGAGUUGUUAGCUCUUCCAAACUCGCAUCGUGAUGUGAAACCCAUAUACCCUAACGGUUCGGCAAGCGAAAGUUUGGCGCGGGUUCCCGUCACGAAUGGUACUCGAAGCGUCGUUGAGACUGCAAAUGGAGCCGCAACUAGCGUCUCGUCAUCAUUAGAUACCGCCACAACGAAAGACGCCGAUAGGACAAGCACGGCCGGGAAGGAAGCAGCAGCGGCUUCAUCCGGGAUAAAUGGUUACUCUUCACGGCCGCACACUCCAACUAACCCCCCUAAAAGACGCAAGUCGGUGCGAUUUUCGCCCAAGGUGGAGUCGACAACUUUUCAGCUGUUUGAUCCACCGAGCCCCCAUCAUGGCGCCUUGCCAAAUGGGAACACGCCUAACGGCGGUAUAUCAAACGGGGUUUCCCCAUCAGCUCGGCCGACAGACUUGGGUCUAUCACAGCCUGCCCUUGAAAGUGAGACGACUGUCAAGACCAGUUCUGAGUCAGAGCUUGAACUUGUAGAUAAGGAGCACCUCCAAUUAUGUCCGGAAGAGGCUUUCUAUCUCGUCUUUGCUCUGGGGGCUUUGAGUAUCCUAGACCCAGAGACCGGUAAACCCAUCACGGCUCCAGAUCUGUUCGCGCUUUGUCGCCAGGUCUCGUACAUACCUCCGAGGACGAUAGAUCUUCGACCGGAUGAUCCCUUUCUUAUUCAUUACGCAGUGUACCACCAUUUUCGUUCUUUAGGUUGGGUGACGCGGCCUGGUAUCAAAUUUGGUGUUGAUUGGAUGUUAUAUAAUCGUGGUCCGGUAUUCUCUCAUGCCGAGUUUGCUGUCAUCGUUUUACCAGCGUACACCGAUCCUUGGUGGAGGACCCAGGGCCGUCAGCCUCCUCGGAGGUCUUGGCACUGGCUUCAUACCAUCAAUCGUGUCCAGGCUACAGCUUUGAAGACCUUGGUUCUUGCAUAUGUAGAUAUACCACCUCCGUUUGAAGAAGGACUAGGGACGGCGGAGGUCUUGAAACGGUAUAGAGUCCGGGAGUUCAUCGUAAGAAGAUGGCUCAGCAAUCGGAAUAGGGAUUAAGUGGUUAUAUAAAAUAGAGGGAUGCAUCAGAAGCGCAAUUGCAUUGGGUGGCGUUCCGGAUUUAAUUAUACGAUUAUUACGAAACGCGUUGUAUGAAUACAUCUCAUGAAUAUAACAGCUCUAUGGGGCUUCAGUUCUAGCAGCAUACAUUGUCAUCAGGCGUCUAUAUUCUAAUUCG